UUAAUACCAAUAAAAGCGUGUUUCUCCUCUUCUGCAACAUUGUUCUAUUGUUCAUUCCAAAAAUUAACACAAAUGGUGAAAGCGAGGCACUCUAGGGUUCAAAAAUCGUGGAUGACGAGGUGGUCGUGGGUGUUUCUUCUAUCAGUGCUGACGAUGUUCAUGUUUCUCCUAAUUCUCCUUCUCCUCGCUCUCCACCUUCUCUCAAUGCCCACUUCCUUUGCUCCAGUCCAACAUAAUCAUCUCAAUUCCAUUGCUCGCAACGCUUCCUACAUAAGCGAAGGAGAAGAUGAACAGAGAGAGCAAUGGGUUGAAAUAUUAUCAUGGGAGCCUAGGGCUUUUCUCUAUCACAAUUUUCUGACGAAGGAUGAAUGUGAGUAUCUGAUUAAUAUAGCAAAGCCAAACAUGCAGAGGUCUAAGGUUCUUAAAAGUGGGAUGGUUAAAACUAGCAGCGGAAGGACAAGUUUUGGUGCUUUUUUGGAUAGAGGUGUGGAUAAAACUGUGAGGAAGAUUGAGAAAAGAAUUGCUGAUUUUACUCAUAUACCUGUUGAGAACGGUGAAGGACUUCAAAUUCUGCAUUACGAAGUUGGACAAGAGUAUGUGGGUCAUCAUGACUUCUUUGUGGAUGAAAAUUACACUGCAAAUGGGGGUGAUCGCAUAGCAACAAUGUUGAUGUACCUUUCAGAUGUUGAAGAAGGAGGUGAGACAGUUUUCCCAGAUGCAAAGGGAAAAUUGAGGUCAGUGCCUUGGUGGAAUAUUAAUGAGCUUUCUUAUUGUGCGAGAAAAGGACUUUCAAUUAAGCCAAAGAUGGGGAAUGCUUUACUUUUCUGGAACAUGAGGCCUGAUGCAACUUAUGAUCCAUCAAGUUUUCAUGGUUAG